AUGCCAGGGAAGUGUGACAAGUCGAAAUGGCGACGCAGAAAAUGGUCAAAGUCUGCCGACGACGACAACGACUGCGCGAGCCUCGCCUGGCUACUAAACUUUCGGUUGGACGAGUUCGUCAACGUCAAAGUCCCUGAUGAACCGGUUAUGAGGGAGCCGACUGUGCUGGUUCCUGAUACUCCACCGGCGCCUCGGAAACCUCCGUACACGUACCCUGAGCUGAUAGAACGAGCGUUGCGGGAGAAGGGGGAAUUGACGGUGUCUGCAAUUUAUCAAUGGAUAUCGGAUCGUUUCCCUUACUACAAAGCGAAUGACGAGCGUUGGAAAAAUUCUGUGCGACACAACUUAUCAAUAAAUCCCCAUUUCCGAAAAGGCGCUAGAGCAUCCCAAGGUGCUGGUCACCUCUGGUCGUUAGCUGCUAAUGCUAUAGAUCUGUUACCAUUGAGAAAUCAAUCUGAGGAGGAUCGGACGAAGGUGACGUCACAUCCGCUGCAUGAGACUGUUCUUACAUGUCCAAAGGUGAUAGUACUGGAUGAAGCUGCCAUUGCAGCUGCAAGCAUCAUCACUGACCAAGAUUUGUUCUCUGGUGGUACACUGUUCCUGAAUCCAGUGUCAACGGAGCAAGUGGUCCGUGAAUGCGGACUCAUCACCGUCGACUAAUGUCUUCAUUUGUGUCAACAUUAAGUAAAAAUUGCUGAGAUUAUAUCUUUUAAAUAAGUGUGACAUUUGCGAAAUAACGAGAUACGAUCAUUUUAUAUCUUCAUAACGUUUAUGUAUGAAGACAACAACGGGUUGUAUAAGAAUA